AUGUUAUCGAGAAAGUUCUUACUUAGAAACAUAAAUGGAAACUUGACUAGACGUCUACUCCACAUCAAGACAGCGUCAACUCCAAACGAAAAUGCCUUGAAAUUCAUCUCACCAGACAAGCCAAUAUUACCUAUUGAAAGUACAACUUUUGAAUUUACAUCAACAUUGCAGGCUAUACAUUCACCAUUGGCAUUGCAACUUUUCAAACUUCCGGGAAUCAAAUCAAUAUUAUUGGGACCUGACUUUUUGACUGUGAACAAGUUGGACAAUUACGAUUGGCAUGAUUUAUCACAAGAGAUUACCGAUACUAUGAAAGAAUUUUUGGAUCACAAAGAUGCAAAACCAGUAAUCACUAAUGAACUCGUGGAGAAGAUUCAACAAGACAAACAAGCAUUGGAAGAAGAAGACGAGUCGGAGAUUGUACUGAUGAUUAAAGAGCUUAUAGAAACAAGGAUACGUCCUGCAAUCCAAGAUGAUGGUGGAGAUAUUGAGUAUAAGGGUUUCGAUGAGGAAACGGGUACAGUUUUCUUGAAACUACAGGGAGCAUGUAAAUCUUGUAGUGCCAGUGAAGAUACACUAAAAAGUGGAAUUGAAGGUAUGUUAAAACAUUACAUAGAGGAGGUUCAAGAAGUUCAGCAGAUAUUGGACCCUGAAGAAGAGAUUGCUAUGAAAGAGUUCGAAAGGUUAGAGUCGCAAUUAAAGGGAGCCAAGGGAAAUGUAGUGGACGAGGGCCCACCAUCGUUAUAA